UCUCCACAUUAUGUUUGUUUCAGUUGAUUCGUUGUGUAUUGAGCUGUUGACUUUUGAAAAAAAUUUGUUGUUCAUAUUGAAGUUUAUAAUUUAAUAAAAUAACAUAAUAUUCGAUUUAUUUGACUUAAUUACAAACACACAAACAUUUGCAAAUAUUUUUUAUAGAUCUUUAAUCGAAUAAGAACAACCAUAUCGUGAAAUCAUAAAAAUGCUGCCGAAUAUGCGUACACGACGGAUCGCUGGUCUGCAUUUGACUGGUAAGGGAUAUGGUCCUCAAGCGAAAAUACCACCGAAGUAUACGGAGGAAGACUGGGACUUCAAUAAUCAGGUGAAAUUUCGCAUCACCUGCGAUCAGGAACGUUUAGCGGAGCGUAUUGUAGAAGAAUCGCAACGGAUUGUGGAUGAAACCAAAGACACUACUAAAAGUUGGCAGCGUGAAGUGGAGCAUCAUAUGCGCGAGCGUACUAGUGAAAUUCGAUUUUUAUUAGAUGAAUUGAAUAGGCAAAAGAAAACAGCCAUGCUGGAGGAUGAAGCGCUGAAUACAUAUCGUAAUCGUGUACUCAACGCUAUCGACUUUCUGAAGGAGAAAUCGUUGGCCAUAAAUCAACGUUGUCAGAUACUGCGAGAAGGCCGUAUUGGAGUGGACCUGUGCGAUGAUGAGGUGGAUCGUUGUUUGCGUCGCGAGUUAAAGGUUAUUAAAGGAUGUCAGUGUUUAAUGGAUCGUUCACUGAAAGAGGCAAACGAGCAGAUACGUAGUCUACGCGCUACAAUGUAUCUGUUAGAUAAGGAUCUGGCACAGAAGGAUAAAUCUCUCUUGAUUGAUGAAAAUAAUUUAACACUGCGUGAAACGCAGCGCAAUUUGGGUCACGGAAAAGAUCUAUCGAAUCUAGAAUGUCGUUACUCACUGGGCGAAUGGCAGCACACAACAUACAAAAACAUUGAAGACAAUGCCAAAGAGUUGAAUUCAGCCUCACAAUUGCGCGCUUAUAUUGAUUUGCUGUUGAAACAGGUGUGCGAAGACAUGCAAAAUCAAACGGAACGCACCAAUGAGGCUUUUGAACGGCGCAUCGCCGAAAUGAAGCAUAUUAAGAAAUGUUUAGAGGAUAAGCAUAACGAUUGCAUGACUCAUAUACACGAGCUGCAACGCAACAUUCAGCAGUUGGAGAAGGAGCUAGCUGAUAAGCAACGUUCAUUGACUCUUUGUCAGACGCGUUUGAGUAAUCGUGCACGUCGUCCGGGCCUUGAGCUAACCUGUGAUAGUGUACAGGAUGCACUCUAUCAUGAAAUGGAGGCUUUGCAAGCAUCAAUAUGUAAACUGAAUCAAAAGAUCAAUGAAAAUAAAGCUUCUUUACGCUAUUUGCUACACGUACAGAUAAUGCAGGAGGAGGAGAUCAAUAUUAAAGCUAACAGUAUCAAAAUUGACGAAGUUGACUGCAUGACCAUUAGGCAAGCCCUUAAAUAUCAAUCAUUCUAAAUUGUAGAGCAAUCGAAUGCAAUCAAAACUAUAUAUUUAUUGAUAUAAUUGUAAUUCCAUGACACAUUCAUAUGUAUAAAGAUAUACAUAUGGUACGAUAUAUAAAAUCACUGCCAUUUAUUAUGCGAUCUACUACAAAUAAAAUUAGCCGCUUUCUCUA